GCCCGAUUCCAGACGCAGUAUCGCGGCGGCGGCAGCGGCGGUGGUGGCGGCAGCUCCGGAGUGUUGGGCCCCCUCCCUCCUCCGUUUCCCCCCUCUUUCCCCUCCCCUCAGCGUGGUUCCCGAGGAGUCCGAGACGUGCGGCGAGGCGGCGACAAGUUCCGGGUCAGCUAACUAUCCUGAAAUUGCAUUCUCCCAAGAAGAAAGUACAGAAAGAGAGACCUCUUUGUAAGAAAGGUGUGGGUAUCCCAUGAACGAGCCAGCAGAAAACCGAUUGGGGUGCAGCAGGACUCCAGAGCCACAUAUAAGGCUCAGAAAAGGGCACCAACUUGAUGGUACGAGGGGAAGUGAUGACAACCACCAAGGAGAUUUGGAACCCAUUUUAGAGGCAUCUGGUCUUUCUUCCCAUCAUAAAAAAAUCUCUGAGGAACAUGAGUGCAAUGAUGAAGCUUCUCAGGAAGAUGAGGGGUUUAUGGGGAUGUCCCCUCUCUUACAAGCCCAUCAUGCUAUGGAAAGAAUGGAAGAGUUUGUUUGUAAGGUGUGGGAAGGUCGAUGGCGAGUAAUCCCCCAUGAUGUACUACCAGAUUGGCUCAAGGAUAACGACUUCCUUUUACAUGGACACCGGCCUCCUAUGCCUUCUUUCCGGGCCUGUUUUAAGAGCAUUUUCAGAAUACACACAGAGACAGGCAACAUCUGGACACAUCUCUUAGGUUGUGUAUUUUUCCUGUGCCUGGGGAUCUUUUAUAUGUUUCGCCCAAACAUCUCCUUUGUGGCCCCUCUGCAAGAGAAGGUGGUCUUUGGAUUAUUUUUCUUGGGAGCCAUUCUCUGCCUUUCUUUUUCAUGGCUCUUCCACACAGUCUACUGCCACUCAGAAGGGGUCUCCCGGCUCUUCUCUAAACUGGAUUACUCUGGUAUUGCUCUUCUGAUUAUGGGAAGUUUUGUUCCUUGGCUUUAUUAUUCUUUCUACUGUAAUCCACAACCUUGCUUCAUCUACUUGAUUGUCAUCUGUGUGCUGGGCAUUGCGGCCAUUAUAGUCUCCCAGUGGGACAUGUUUGCCACCCCUCAGUAUCGGGGAGUAAGAGCAGGAGUGUUUUUGGGCCUAGGCCUGAGUGGAAUCAUUCCUACCUUGCACUAUGUCAUCUCAGAGGGAUUCUUGAAGGCUGCUACCAUAGGGCAGAUAGGCUGGUUGAUGCUGAUGGCCAGCCUCUAUAUCACGGGAGCUGCCCUGUAUGCUGCCCGGAUCCCUGAACGCUUCUUUCCUGGCAAAUGUGAUAUCUGGUUUCACUCUCAUCAGCUGUUUCACAUCUUUGUGGUUGCUGGAGCUUUUGUUCACUUCCAUGGUGUCUCAAACCUCCAGGAGUUCCGUUUCAUGAUUGGUGGGGGCUGCAGUGAAGAGGAUGCACUGUGAUACCUACAGUAGCCAGGGACUGUGACCCUGAACCUUGGCCUGCAGCACCGUGGGCCCUCUACUGGCCACUGAUGCCAGUACCAGAGGAGCCCCCAAACCUUGACAGCCUCAUGGGCUUUGUGACGGCCCAGGGGCUCCAUGUGGUACAUGACUGAGAAGAGAAAAACAAAAAUAAAUCAUACCUCAAAGGAUGAAGUGCAUCAGUUUGGAGAAAAGGAGAAAUGGCCCAAACACCCCGACUUAUUCGUGGGAUCUACUGCAAGACCCUUGGCAAACUGGCUUCUGAUCCAUAUUAUAUUUAUUUGUAGAAGAUGGGGAAACAGUUUAGCUGGUGAUUCUUUCUUCUCCCUUUCUCUCUCCUUAAAACAAUAGUACAAACCAAUUUAGGUGAACAUUUAUAUCCAAUUAAGGGUGGGAGUGUGAUUUUAGAACCUCUUUUGGAAGAACAAAGAAAUUAAUGUAAAUAAGAUUUCUAACUUACUGUUUAAAUCAGAAUUUAUAUAAAUGUUUAAAAUGGGUG